AGAGAGAUAACUCAAAUCGUAAAGAAGAAGCAGAGAGAGAGAGAGAGAGAGAGUUAAUGGCUGAUGAUGACGAUGAUGAUCCUUCUCACUGUCACUCCACACCGUAAAAUUAAAGAGGCAUCUUUCAGUAAUCCCAAUUCAAAAAUGACAGAUUAAUUCACAGAAAUUAAUCCCAAUUCCCCUUCCCCUUUAUGGCCAUUCUCUGUAACUCCAACCCCCAUGAGAGAGAAACCCUCGAUCUCCAUAAAAGCAGAAACAUUCACAAUAAAGCUUUAGCUGCUUAGUGGGAAAAAAGUUCUUUUUCUUGUACACAAUGUUAUGAUUAAUUGAUGCUCAUCAUCAUUGUGCCUGCCCGCCUGCCUGCCCAUUUCUCUCUCUCUCUCUCUCUCUCUCUCUUAAACUUCAUCCAUUUCUCUAUCUACCCCAGUCCAUGAAGAUGCUCUUCUGAGACGCCAUGGCCGACGACAACUGCGGCUGUUGGGCUAUUCUCCGGCGCACCUGCAGUUCCUCCGAUUCCAGAACCUCCCCCAACGCCAUCCCCCGGAGCAGCCUCGUUUACGAUGCCGCCGAGACGAGAUAUUUGAACGCCAGCAAUCGAGAAAUGUGCGCUCCCGACAACGAUGGUCGCAACUCGCCGGAAAAUCCCACCGCCGAUCCAGAUAAAAAAAUUCUGGCGCCGCAGCGACAGCUUCUUAAAUUCAGCUUCCAAGAGCUGAAGGCGGCGACGGGGAAUUUCAGGCCGGACAGCAUUCUUGGUGAAGGUGGUUUUGGAUAUGUAUUCAAAGGAUGGAUAGAGGAGAAUGGCACGUCACCGGCGAAGCCCGGCUCCGGCGUCACGGUGGCGGUGAAGAGCCUGAAGCCCGACGGCCUUCAAGGCCAUCGAGAAUGGGUGGCCGAGGUCGAUUUUCUCGGACAGCUCCAUCAUCCGAAUCUCGUGAAGCUCAUCGGAUAUUGCAUUGAGGACGAUCAAAGGUUGCUUGUCUACGAGUUCAUGACUCGCGGAAGCCUCGAAAAUCAUCUUUUCCGAAGGACAAUACCGCUUCCGUGGUCUAAUAGGGUUAAAAUCGCGCUCGGAGCAGCAAAAGGCUUAGCUUUCCUCCACGGUGGCGACAAGCCUGUCAUUUAUCGAGACUUCAAAACAUCAAACAUUUUGCUCGACUCCGACUACAAUGCGAAGCUAUCGGAUUUUGGUUUGGCGAAAGCCGGACCUCAAGGCGACAAAACACACGUUUCAACAAGAGUCGUCGGAACCUACGGCUACGCUGCGCCCGAAUACGUUAUGACGGGUCAUUUGACUUCAAAGAGCGACGUAUACAGCUUCGGCGUAGUGCUCUUGGAAAUCCUAACGGGGAGACGGUCGAUGGACAAGAAAAGACCGAGCGGGGAGCAAAAUCUUGUGACAUGGGCUAGGCCAUAUUUAUCGGAAAAGCGAAAGGUCUAUCAACUAGUGGACCCUCGGCUCGAGCUCAACUACUCGGUCAAAGGCGUGCAAAAAGUGGCGCAAUUGGCUUGUAGUUGCUUGAGCCGGGACACGAAAGCCCGGCCUUCCAUGGACGAGGUGGUUAGAGUUCUUGCGCCACUUCAAGAACUCAACGACCUCGCAAUAGUUUCUUACCACGCCCGGUAUGCUCAAGCCGGGAGGCGUAAGAAGAAGCCCGACCCGCCGCAUUUGCUCAACGGGAGCCACCCGAAGAGCGCGAGAGAUUCCCCUUUGGCGUCGGGUCGAAGCCAUUGUAAGUGAUCGUUGAUCGACAUCAUCAUUGGCAUCGAUUGUUUUUUUGUUCGAGUAAGGGAUUUUUGUUGGUUUUUUUUUUUUUUGUUUACCUACGCACGCACACACUUACGCACCUGCCUGGAAAUUUUCCCAAGUCAAGCACAUAUGCAUCCAUCCGGAAUCGAAACCAAGACCUUUGAUUUGAGUAAGGGAUUCGGUUUAUAUAUAUUGCUGACUAAAUAUUUAGCUGUAAAAGGUUUUAAGCUGUUUACGAGUAUGUAGUAAUUAUUUUUUGAAUGUGUACUUGAAAUUUUGAAUGUUGUUGAAGGCCUUUUGAUAUUCAAUAUAUAUAUAA